CGUGCAGCAUGCUGCUCGACGAUUCACGUGAAAUUUAAACGUUCUCAAAUCUUCUCAACUCAACACAAAUCGGUUAAGUUGUUCAGUUUGUUCAGUGUUUAUUCGUGCUCUAUUAUUAAACUAGUGUCCCCAACAGUAGCUGCUACCAUGAACAUCGAUUCACUGCCAGAGGAAUUUCCUCCGAGCAACAUCGACUCCAAACGAAAGCACUCUACCCAUAUUUCGGCCUGGGCAGACAGGGAGGAAUUCCGAAAUGUCUUCAAUCUCAUCUUCCAACCGAGUAAGUCCGCUCUGGAUUCGAAAACCUCCGCCCUCCAAACGCUCACGGUGUGGAAGAUCCGCCAAAACAAGCAAACUCCCGUCAGUGUCCUCUGUACGAUUGCCAUACUGGAGGCGCAGCUGUACGACGGUAAGUGCCAGCGGGACGGUAAGACGGACAACGCCAGCGAAGUUAAAAGCAUGUACUCGGGAGCGUUCACCCGCUUCAUCAAUCACUUGACGGAGUGCCACCAGCAGAGCGGUGCCGGUCGAAAAGGUACGAUGGCCAAUCGAGUGAAGGAGAUUGGAAUUGAGGGAUUCUUGGUGGAGCUGCGACAUCUGUGUGCCCACAGUUCGUUGUCGAUUGCGGUGGACGUGUUUCGUCGUUCGGCUGAUUAUUGCUUGAACUGGUUGAAGGUGAGCUACUGGAAGCGGGAGCUGGAGCAGAUUCAAAGCUGCGAGAGGAAACAGGUCAAGGGCGAAGGGCUGAGAGGAAAGUUCCUGGAGGAUUUGGAGUACAUUGCAAAGGUUUAUGACGUGGCGACGAAAGCCAUUCAUAAGGGGGCAAAGUCGAUGAGUGGAGCUGAGAAGGAAUUGACACCAGCGCAGUUCCAGCUGCUGCAGGAACAUAGUCGGGCAAACAAGGUUGACCAGUUGAAUUCGGUGGUUUUCGAUGUGCUUCGAUAUCUGUCGGAGAAAAUGAACUUGCCUAGGAACCCGGAAACGGUCCCGACUGUGUGCGAUGUGUUUUUGAAGUGCUGCCAGUAUAUGUUCGAAGCCCCGGUCAGCGGCAAUACCCAAGGGUUGGCCAGUAUCCAUCAGCAGUUCUUCCAGACGUUGGUCGCCAAGGGCUACAUUCAGACGUACUUGGAAAGGUUGUUGGAGGUUUGUGAAGACGAUCAGGAGACGGUCGAGCGUCGGUUAGGGGCCAAGUUUUGGGCUACCGAAGUUGCGUUGGCGUUUCGGUUGCUGAAAAAGUUCAAGAAGUUGCUGAAGGAUGUGCCGGAACGGUCGUUCCAGUUCAACCAGCGGGAACAGACGAGAAAGAUGAGCAAAUCGGUACGAGCGAUCUACCAGAACAAGCUGAGGGUGGAUUUGCACAAUACGAUCAUCCUGGGGAUGUCGGUGAACUGUCCGUGGCAUCUGCGGCUGUCCAGGAGUUAUCUGAUGGAUCGGAUUCUGAAAGUGAAUUCGUACACUAAGGAGAUACUGCCGAUAAUGCUCGCCCUAUCGGAACCGCAUCUGAAACCCUCCCAGCGGGAAACAAUCGAAGCCGCAACGGAAAAGUUCACCAUGAACUACCUGGCUGUCAUAGAGGAUGGCGACGUCCAGGUCGAAUUGACGGCAGACGCAGCCAGCACUGGGAAAACUUCCACACCGAAGCGUCCCAACGUUGCCAGAAGGCAAGAGGCCGGGAAAAUCUACACCAUGGAUGAUGUACUCGAUAGGACUUCCAAGGGAGGGGACGGUAAUUGUAAAAAUGGCGCUCCCAGCGCUAAGAAGCCGAAGCAUUGUGGCGUGUGGUCGGAGGUGGUCAACGAGGACCUCGACUGGGGUAAGUGCCCGCUGGGGAAACUUGUUUGGGAAUAAACGGUUCGCUUCAGUUCGGA